CAUCCAUGAAUGCAACUGUUAAUAUGACUGUAAAAACAUCAGAUUUUCUAAUAUGUCCUGCCUACCUCGACAAUAAAUAUGAACCAGUCUAUUACUGUGAGAUGGAGAUUGAGUCAAUCUGCUUAGGAUGUAUAAGUCUCUCUCUGACCAUACUUAAUAUCUUCUGUAUUUUUAUUGUAGGAAUUAUAUUCCUCAAGAUAAAAGAAGUGGCACCCCAGACUUCAGUAUCUGAUGAAGCCAGGGGUUUUUGGAAAGAUGACAUCAAGAUUGCCAGAGAUUCAUAUGUGACUCUGAAAGGGAAACAGUCUCUGAAUUUUGGCGCUGAAGCAAAGAAACUCCUAGAAGAAUUGAGGAAGAAGCAAGGAGUUGAAAGUGAAGGAACUGCUCAACGUCUUAGAAGUAUCAUUGAGGAUGUAGAACAAGAUAGUGGAGUACAAUUUGUACAGAGUCGCAUUCCAGGCUCAAAUAGAACUAAUGCAUUUUCACGGCAAUUUUCUGAUGAUUUGUUUACACCUGUUGAUGUUUUUUCCCGAACAUUUUCAAAGCGUUAUCAUGACACAUAUCAUGGUCCGCCAAACAGGUCAAGUAUGGGAUACCGCAGACCAGUGAGAAUUGGAAGUGAUAAUACUUGUGGAACUGUGACUUCAGCACCAAUUGCAGAGAAAACAGACGAAUCUUCUCCACUAAUAGAUGACAGCAAUGCAUCAAGUUCUACACGCAGUCCUGGUACUUCUUUCCUUGACAAACUGAAAUCCCCUAUAACAAACAGUAUGUUUUUCCGAGGAAAAAGAUCUAACAGUGUUGAUCUUCAUAAAAUGGACCCUGUUUAAAUAAUUAGGGAACUACUUGUGAUUUGUAAAAGGUGCUCAACUGAAUUGGUUGCAUAAUUUAAAUGAAAUGUUUUUUGUUUGGCCUUAAGCAGAUAAGGAAAUAUUAGAAAUGUUAUAUAUGACAUGUAUGACAUGGAUGAAAUGCUUUUGGAAUUAAGGUUUUAAAAAGGCAUGAUAUGGGAUAAAAGGGGUAACAAAAAGUGAGAUCUUCAGACAAAAAAAGAUGGGGGAGGGGGAAGUGAGGAAAAAUAGCCAAAAAUGCUUGAGCACCCUUGUUUUACUUCUACAAACAAUAUCAUGAAAUGUAUUUAUGUUAUUCACAGGUAUUGCGUGUUAAGUAUAGUACAUCUAUGUUGAUAAAACCAUGCUCACAUGUUAAAUAUGAUUUUUUGGUUUAUCACAAUUAACAAGCCUCAUUGAUCAACAUCUCAAUUUUAUGAGUAGUUUUGUUAUAUUUAUUAUUAUUAUGUAGCAUGUAGAUUGCGUAGAUUCUGUAGAAUCAGAGAUGUUAAACACAAUGAACAGCAUUUUUAGUCAAAAGUAUUAACUUGUUGGAACAGCCAAAUAUGCACAUUUAGUUUAAAUGGACAUGUGUGUAAAUUCGUCAAAACAUAAUAGAAUUUAGAAUGGAUAAUUCCAUUAUUGAUACAUUUUUUAACAAUGAGGAAUAGAAGUGCUUAGAAAAACUAAAUGUUAGUCCUUUUUAUGCCCCACCUACGAUAGUAGAGGGGCAUUAUGUCUUCUGGUCUGUGGCUCCGUUCGUUCGUCUGUUCGUCUGUUCUUUCAGGUUAAAGUUUUUGGUCGAGGUAGUUUUUAAUGAAGCUGAAGUCCAAUCAACUUGAAACUUAGUACACUUGUUGCUUAUGAUAUGAUCUUUCUAAUUUUAAUGCCAAAUUAGACUUUUGACUUCAAUUUCACGGUCCACUGAACAUAGAAAAUGAAAGUGGGAGUUUCAGGUUAAAGUUUUUGGUCAAGGUAGUUUUUGAUGAAAUUGAAGUCCAAUCAACUUGAAACUUAGUACAUAUGUUUCCUAUAGUAUAAUCUUUCUAAUUUAAAUGCCAAAUUAGAUUAUUACCCAAUUUCACGGUCCAUGGAACAUGCAAAAGGAUAGUGCGAAUGGGGCAUCCGUGUACUUUGGACACAUUCUUGUUUUAUGACUCUUUUUGGCUGAGAUGUCAAGAAGGAUUUGAGGAUUUUAAGCUUGAUAUUCUAUGACAUGUUUUUUUUCAAUUGUCUAGUAAAGGUGUUUUUUUUCAAUUGUCUAGUAAAGGUCUAAAACAACUUCAUGUAAGAGGAAUUUGGAAAAUGAAUUAUUAGAAGAUAUAAAAAUGUGCAUCCUUUACAUUCUAACAAUAGCUCAAAAUAGUGCUGAGAUAAAGGAUUAAUAAUAAAAAAAAUCAAUAGAAUGGAAUCUAUUUCAAAAUAGAUGAAUUUCAACAAUAUCUCAAAAAGCAUACAUAGAAUUUUUGGUCUGCUUUAGACAAUAAAGCAAUGUAGAUUGCUCUCUUAUAGUUUCAUCUGAUUUGCCAUCUAUUUAUGAAAAAAUCCUAAAUUUGACUGGAUAAAUGAUAUUAAUAAUAUGGGCAUUUUAAUGGCAAACUCCUGAAGAAACUUGACCAUCAACAGAAAUUUUACGAAGAUACAAGUGUACAAAGCUGUUAUUUCAAAUAAUCUGUUUUAUUAUUAUAAUUGUUAUGUAAAUUAUUAAGAUUUUCCUUUUACAAAUUAUUUGUUUGUAAAUUUUUUUUAAGAUUAUAUUUAAAAUUGUAUUACAUUCAUUAUGUAC